GUCAAAGAUGAAAAAAACAUACAGGAAAUGUUUGACCUGAGUGAUUAUGAGAAAUGCGAAGAGCUCAGGAAGUCCAAAAGCAGAAGCAAAAAGAACCACAGCAAAUUUACCCUGGCCCACUCCAGACAGCCUGGAAACACGGCACCAAAUCUGAUCUUCCUGGCUGUGAGUCCAGAAGAGAAAGAGUCCUGGAUUAAUGCCCUCAACUCUGCGAUCACACGGGCUAAAAACCGCAUCUUAGAUGAGGUCACUGUCGAAGAGGACAGCUACCUCGCCCACCCGACACGUGACAGAGCAAAAAUACAGCACUCCCGACGCCCUCCGACACGGGGACACUUGAUGGCUGUGGCAUCUACCUCAACCUCUGACGGCAUGCUGACCCUCGACCUGAUCCAGGAGGAAGACGCCUCUCCAGAGGAUCACAGCACCUGUGAAGAGAGUUUCCGGGUGGAUCUGGACAAGUCAGUGGCACAUCUGACUGCUGGACGCCGCCGGUCGGAUUCGGAGAAUGUCAAGUCGUCAGAGAAAGGCCGGACAGGGAGCCUCCCGAGGAGGGAGGUGACCUCAUGGGACAGAUCUGGGCAGCGCAAUGACUCCUUUGACAAGGGGACCAUGUACACACCACAGGUCCCCAAAAAGCUCUCGCACUCAGAAAAGAAUAAAUGUGCCUCCAUGGAGGAAAUUCUGUCUCGACGGGACUCUUCCACGCACCGGGCGGUGCUGAGGAGGGGGCUGGAGGCUCAGUUUGCCUCAGCAGAGCCAGAGCAGCUGUCCCGGAUACAAGAACUGGUUGCACUGAAACUGGAAAAAACUCAGGAACUGCUGACGGAGGUGAAGGGCUACGGGGAAGGCAAGAGAAAGACCAAGGAUUCCACCACCAGCAGCACCACCACCACCACCUCUUCUUCCUCGUCAUCUUCCAAGUCGGACUCUGAACGGAUCCUGCAGGAAUCUGAGAGGCUGCUGGGGGGGACCGGGAGCAAAGCCAAGAGGGUGCUGCAGGAGAUCAAAGAGCUGAGGGACCUGUACAAACAGUUUGAACUGCAGCAGUCGGACUCAAAACCCAAACAGAGCUCACAGUCUCAGUACAGGAAGAGCAUGAUGUGAAGGCAAGCCUUGGGAUUGGGAGGGAGGGACAGGGGAGGGUGGCCAUUUGAUCUUUUUUUUUAAUUAUUAUUAUUUACGGUGUUCAAGGGAGUGAAAAGGUGCCUGUUCUCACCCAAAUUUGCUUCUCAAAGCUUCGACUCUUCCUUUCCUCCAUCACAUCCCCUGACAAAACAACCCUGCGUUCCAAUAAAUUCAGUUACGGUUUAUA